UUGUUUCAGAUAAAUCUGCGGUUAAUUCUAGUGUCCGGCAAGACGAAGGAGUUCGUUUUCAGUCCCGUUGACUCGGCUGGGGAUAUAGCGGUUCACGUUUAUGACAACUGGCCCGAAGCGGACUGGUCCUCUGAAUGCGUCUCCCGUGCGGAGAUCCUCCGCCUCAUCUAUCAGGGUCGCUUCCUCCACAGCAGCGUGACCCUCGGAGCCCUGGGGCUUCCUCUAGGACGGACCACGGUGAUGCAUCUCGUGCCACGGGAACACCUGCCCGAACCUAACUCACACGAUCAACGACAAAAAAGUAAAGGCGGCUCGAGCAGUUGUUGUUCGGCUUCAUGCUGUAUAUUGUAA